CACGUAUUUGGUCUUCUCAUCCUUGAAUUUAUUGAACUGCAUAAUCAUUCACACAUUGACGCACACACUCUCUCUCUUAAUCAAUUAAGGGAAAACUUCGCCUUAUCAAGCUCCUACCCUUCAGCCACUUCCUCCUCCGACUCAAAGAAAGUGGUCAAGAAACAACAGGGACAACUAUAAACUGUGAAGAAAUAGAGAAAAUAACUUGGAAAGAUCGAAUCUUUAAGCUCUGUGUUCUUCUGUGUGUGUUUCAACAGUCCAUUGAUUAACCCCAGUACCGUACAUGGACUCGAAAUCUUUAAGAUUCAUAACCCACCAAUCAUUCUUCUUUGCCGUGCGAUCUGGGGACCUUGAGUCCCUCGAGAACCUUAUCCAGAAUGAAGUGUCUGAACCAUCCUCUUUAAUGGCCCUUCAGAAUGAUGAAAAGGAGACUGCUUUAUACAUAGCCGCGAAGAAUGAUUUCAUUGAAAUUUUCAGAUAUUUGCUUGGUUUUUGUGAUCUGCAGACUGUUAUGAUCAGAGCCAAAUCAGAUAUGAAUGCUUUCCAUGUUGCUGCAUCAUGCGGCCACCUGGAAAUUGUGAAGGAACUUCUUGGGAGAUGGCCUGAUCUCUGUAAUGUAUGCAACUCAUCAAACACAAGCCCUUUAUAUUCAGCUUCUGUGCAGGGUCAUCUAGAUGUUGUGAAUGCCAUAUUAGAUGCUGAUGUGAGCUCAAUAAGAAUUGUGAGGAAGAAUGGGAAAACUGCAUUGCACACAACUGCAAGAUAUGGCCUCUUACACAUUGUAAAAGCACUUAUUGAAAGGGAUCCAGGAAUCAUCUCCAUCAAAGAUAAGAAGGGCCAAACUGCGUUGCAUAUGGCUGUAAAAGGUCAGGAUACUUCUGUAGUAGAGGAAUUACUGGAAUCCGAUUGCUCAAUAUUAAAUGAACGUGACAAAAAGGGUAAUACAGCUGUGCAUAUAGCCACACGGAAAAAUCGUCCUCAGGUACUGAUUAACUAAUAUGUUUUUAUGUAG